UCUGGGAUGGGUCAGCGCUAUACCAGUUACCACUGCCAAUAGAUUUUGGUCACGUCUGAAUCCACAAAGUCCGCUCUAGAAGCUGCUGCUGACGCAGUCAUCUGUAGAACUCAUUCUGAAGCCGCCAAAGCCCCGAUAACAGCUAGAACCCGUGACGUCGAGAUUUGGACUCCACUAGAACCUUUGAAUUCCCUUGCGGAACCCAGAUAGCAUCCAAAGACAGCCGCUGACCCCCCCCAGGAGAACCGACAUAGGCCCCAUUGGAACCAAUCCUGACCGCACGAGAGCCCACAAAGUGCCCUCUUGAACCCGCUGCCGUUCUAUUAGCGCAGAUGUUGGUCCAUUGCAAAUACCCACACCUGUUUUUGACUCAUUACAUCAGUUAGUUGAUAGUACCACAGUGUUUUGUUUUUGGGGGGGUGGGGUGUCAAGCAAUACUGUAUUCGAUCAAAAAAACAGUGUGAGCUGAUCUGAAAAUAUUUAUCCUGAUCCAGAGAUUCCCUCGCUGGGUUGGGUACACGCACACGCAAACACACAGAAUCAGGAUCAGCAAACAAGUGUUUUUCCCAUGUCUGAAGCUCUCCGUUUGUUUUCAGUCUUACGCGAUACACACAAGAGCGUUUGACAAAGUUUAUUAUUAUUAUGAAUUGAAAUCCCCGCACAACAUAUUUGUCCCAGCAACCAAGUUGAUUUUCCACUGGUGCGUCCAGAAUUUAGUGCGUCCACUGUGUGUGCACGCCAAGCCCUGGAGCUCGCGUUUGUAUAUGGUGACCCUUGAACCUUAAAAAUUCCUUCCAGUGCCUGUACACACAAACACCGUAUCCCCCGUUAAAAUCGGCCAUCCGUCCGUCCAUUUUCUGUAGCACUUAUCCGCAGGCGCUCCAACCCUAAAACGAGGCACCCGGGGAAAAAUAGUCAUCGGUGGGGGAGGGCGGCGGAGCUUUCUCGAUGGGAAAGUGUUUUGUCGACGAAAUUUGAAAAAAAGGUACUUUCCUCAUCCAGGGCAAAAGGGCAGGUGCUGCAGCACCGCUUGGGCUCUAUCUGUGCACGUGCCUGAAUAUCGGGGUAUACACACAUUUUGUAAUUGCGUGAUUUCUUACGGGGGGAAAAUGCUCCAAAAUCAUUUCAAAAAGCAGCUUUGUCCCAGAACACGCAAAUAAAAUGCGCUACGUAAUGUGUGCGUGUGUGCAGGGGGAAGACGUGGCCGGAGGCCUCCCAGCAACGCGUGAUUACAUCACACAAAUAUCCACACAAAGUCAUUGUCUCCUUUGUCUCUUUUGUCCGUGUGCAGGAACUCACAAGAAAUCCGAUGUUUGGCCCAAACAGAGCCCCGCAAUUGUCUCUGGGACGAUUGUUGCUCUCCGGGAAGCUCAACCAGACAAAAGCGGCUUACGCAAGCGUUACUUAAUCAUCCUCCAGUUUUGACCCCUCGCCGCCCGCAGCCUGAAGAAAACAAGUGAAAAUCGGAAAGAAUUUUCUAGCUCGGAUGAAUAGAAACUGGCUAAAUAUGGCACGAGGAAAGUGCUUCCCGUUCACACGACAAAGGUAAAGCGAAGUUAUUUCCGUUGCGAGACGGGCCAAACGUCGGGGCUGGAUUUCAUUUUCUUGACCGCUUCUCCUCACGCGGGUCGCGGGCGUGCUGGAGCCAAUCCCAGCCAUCUUCGGGCGAGAGGCGGGGCACACCCUGAACCGGUCGCCGGCCAAUCGCAAGACACACAGAAACGAACAACGUUUACGAGAUGUCUCACAGACGCUCACAAUUGAAGUUUGCACCGGAGAGCAAAAGUGACUGACCUCCAAAGUCCCAGAAAAAAGGUUUUUAUCUACAAAUUCCUUCUUUGCGCUUUCCUUUGCAAAGUGUGUGUGCGCGCGUGUGCGUGUUCUCCAGUCUAAAUUGUCCGUAGGUGUGAAUGUGAGUAUGAAAGCUUGUUUGUGUAUAUGUGCAAAUGGUCAGUUGACUGGCAACCGGACCAGGGUGGACGCCACCAUUUGCACCAUUUGCCCAAAAGCGUCUGGGAUGUUUGAAUCCUCGUCAAUAUGUGUUCCCGCGCCGACGUUACAACGUCCACGGGGAUCACUUCCUGCGCGGGCCCCCCGACGGGGUUUUGAGCGGACGACGAGGCAAACAGCAGGCGGGGCCGGCUUCCGGAGAGGCCCGGCGUCGGCUUUCUCGUGAGAACGGUCCGUGCGUGUGCGUGCGCGCGUCUCGAUCUCACACAUCUUUACAAGCUACGCGAAACAAACUGCUGUCUAUUCCACUCAAAACGAAGGCCGCGUUUUAGUUAAGCAAUUGCUGUCCAAAACUAGAUACCGAUGGUACUUCCAAGGCAUAAAUUACAUAAUCAAUGAUGUAAAAUCAAGAUAAUGAAGAAACAUUGAUUGGUCCCACAUUCAAAAGGAAUUUCUGGCUGAGUUUCUGUUAUUGGGGGGGGGGGGGAAAACAGCUGCAUCAAUUUGAAGUUGAAUACCAAUACUAGGAUAAUAUCCUAUCCUCAUAAUCCUCAUAAGUGAUGUACAGUAUUAUAAACAAGCCCUACACAUUAUUAUUAUUCUUGUUAUUAUACACUGUAUCACAUCAUUGUGACCCGUUUUGUCGCGCUGGUUGGCCUGCGAGAAAUAAUCAUCGGCGCGUUUUUAUUUGCAGAGCAAUUUUUCACCUGCUCCCGUUUUUGUGUGAUUGAUUUGAAGAGGCAGAGAACCGUUGGAACGUCCGGUCUCCGUUGGGUCGGCUACUCCGACAUGUGCGCUCAACUCUGCGCUCGAUUGGGAUGUACGAAGGAAAUGUGCUUGGAUUCAUGCGUACGCACACAUUCAUACAUCUGGAUGUUUCUGUGCGUACGCCAUGUUUCAGUAGGAAAUCCACGCAAGUCUUUGUGCAUGAGGCCCCUGGUCUGGCUGACGUUACCAUUAGACGAUGUCUCCCUCUAGAGUUCGCAGGUGUCAUUGCAGCGUUGCUUUUGUGAUGAUGAUGAUGAUGGAUUAUCAUGGCACAUGAAAAAUGCAUUUCUGGAGGAAGAAGAAAGAAAUCUGCUUAGCAACAAGUGAUGCCCCACGUUACCCCUUAUCCCCUGAACGUGCACUUAAAUUCUGCCGCGCAACAAGUGACAUCACAAAAGGUGGCGUCGAUGAUAAGGACAUCUUCGUCUUUAGAACAAAGACUCCCGUCUCAUCGCGUCUCAGUCCGCGUGCGGCACGCCAGGAUGACGUUUGACGCCAUCCUGGAGGAGGUGGGCGCCUUGGGGCCCUUCCAGGUGGUUCUGGCGGUCCUGAUGGUGAGCCCGCGCAUCAUGCUGCCGUGUAACUUCCUGCUCAACAAUUUCAUCGCCGCCGUGCCGCCUCACCGCUGCGACGUCAGCCGAUGGAAUGCGUCCGGGAACCUGAGCGAGGCCCAGAAGGCGGCCGCCGCUAUUCCCGCGGGCGAUGACGGCGAGCCGCGGGCGUGCCGUAUGUUCGCCGAGCCGAGCUCGCGAUUGCCGGGAAACGGCUCGGAGGCGACGCCCACCACCGAAUGUCUGCACGGUUGGGUUUAUGACAACUCCACCUUCUCCUCCACCAUCGUCACAGAGUGGGAUCUGGUGUGCGACUGGAAGCAUCUCCCCCAGACCACCAACACCAUUUUCUUCGUGGGACUCAUGCUGGGCUCCCUCGUGUUUGGAGUCCUCUCGGAUAAUUACGGGAGGAAAUGGAGUCUUUUGGCCUCCUACGUCCUGUCCAUCAUGUUCGGCUUGGCGAGCGCGUCCGCCAACUCGUACGUGGUGUUCGCCGUGCUGAGGUUCUGCUGCGGGGCGGCACUGGCGGGCAUCAGCCUCAUCUCCAUCACCCUCUGCGUGGAGUGGCUGGACACGUCUUGCAGGGCGUCCAUGUGCGUGAUCGGCAGCCUGGCGUGGUCGCUAGGCAACAUGCUGCUGGCCGGCUUGGCCUUCCUGGUCAACGCCUGGCGACCUCUCAUCGUGACGGUCACGGCCCCGCUGGCCUUGGCCAUCCUUACCUGGUGGUGGGUGCCCGAAUCGGCUCGAUGGCUUUUGGCCAACGGCAAAGUGGAAAAGGCGCACUUGUACCUGGAUAAAUGUGCCCGUGCCAACAACAGACCCAAAAUCUCAUCCGCAGUCCAAUUGGAGGCUUUGUCCAGCGUGGAAAUGUCGGACAAGAACAAAAAGUACAAUUUCCUUCAUCUUUUCAAGACGCCAAAGCUGAGAAAGAUCUCGCUGGUCACCGGAAUCGCGUGGUACGGCACGGCGGUGACGUACUACGGCAUCAGCUUGAACCUGGACGGCUUCGGCCUCAACGUGUACCUGACGCAGUUCGUGUACGCCGCCAUCGAGGUUCCCGCCAAGCUGCUGAUUUACGUGCUGAUCAACAGAAUCGGUCGGCGGCCGUGUCUCGUCGGCACGCUGGUGCUGACGGGAACUUGCAUCGGCAUCAACAUCUUGGUGCCCAGAGCUUUGUGGCUCGUGCGUUCUGUGGUGGCCAUUUUGGGCAAAGGGCUUUCUGAAGCCUCCUUCACAACUAUCUUCCUCUACACCACGGAGCUCUAUCCCACCGUGCUCAGACAGAAGGGUUUGGGCUUCACGAGCGUGAUGAGUCGCUUGGGCGUGUCCGCGGCCCCGCUGCUUCUCCUCCUCGAGGACACGUGGACCCUCCUCCCCCAGGUGGUCUUGUGCGCCGGGGCGACGUUCUGCGGCCUGGCGGCGCUGGCGCUGCCCGAGACCCUGGACCUCAGGCUGCCCGAGACCAUCCGGGAUGUGGAGGAGCCCCCCGGGCGUUCUGAAGGGCAAGAAGAAGUUCCUCUGGAGACCAAGAAUGCCAAAUGACGGACAAAGAGUUUUUGUAGGCUUGGUGCGAAUGCGCACUAUUCACAAAAGCUUCAGCAUAUGAAAUGUCAGGAUGGCCCGAAAUGUCAUUCCAACAUUUACAAGUGAACUUCAUUUGACUCCCAUUAGGUUCCUGACUUUUGUGCGCAGUUUUGUGUAUGCAGUAUGUGGUGUAUAAAGCGCUGAAACUGGA